AUGUGGAUCUCUUCGAGAACUCAAACGGGAAUCAGGGUGGACGGACAACCGACAGAACUUGUCGAUGAGUUCUGUUACCUACACUGUACGCUGAAGAACAAUGGCAGCUACGAGAGAGAUGUUCAGCAAAGAUGCGCUAAGACCACUUCUGCAUUUAACUCCUUAACGAAAUGCCUGUGGUCGACCCCCAUCACCAACGAAGUCAAGCUGCGAGUCUACCUAUCCGCAAUUCGCCCCAUCAUGAUGGUAUCUCACAAUGAAGAUCUUUACGCAGAAAUUGAUGUGGUAUACCGGCGGAUGACACGUGGAAGAUAUCAUCUUGCACCGCCAUCGAAAGUGGCUAACGUAAAUCCUCUUCGCUUCUUUGAGGCAAAUCGCCUUGUUCAACGAGUUCUGAAGAGUUCGUCGAGUUCGAGCUGGAAGAAGCCACCUGGCCGAAAACGGAAGUUCUGGACUGAGGUGGUGAAAGAGGAGCUGAGGACACUCGGCGUGGAUAGGCAGUUCAAGCGAGACGUAAGGUUUCGCAGAAUAUGGAAUAGCGACGAAUGGAUUGAUUCUGUGAAAGCUCUCGCAGAAGACCGAGAAGGUUGGACAGAGCUAUGUUCAAGGACGGCGCACCUCGGCAGUGAUGCAGGUAAUCGCGUCAGGCGAUGA